GCGGGCCGGAGCGCGCUUCGGAGCGACGGCAGUUGCGCGCGCGCCUCCCGCGGCUGCGGUUGACAGUGUCCGCUCCUGGCGAGGCCCGGCACGGCGCUAGCAGGUCGCCGCCCGUGAUGGGAGCCGCCGUCGCGUACUGCCCGUGGCUGCUCUGCUACCUGCUGCUCAUCGUCUUCUGUGGGGGCGUGACUGUGCCCCAGCUGUACCAGGGAGAGCUCGUGUCGGUGUCGGAGGUGACGGUGCUGCAGGAGGCGGUGGCGCACCUGCCGUGCGUGCUGCAGCCGGAGCACGGCGACGUCGUGGAGCUCGUGCUGUGGUUCAAGGACGGUGCCGACUCCCCCAUCUACAGCAUGGACGCGCGCAGUCCGGAGCCGGCGCAGCACUGGGCCGACGACAAGGUGCUGGGCGCGCGCGCCUACUUCCGCAGCGCCGGCAACGCCUCCCACCUGACGCUGCAGCGCGUCCGCGAGGACGACGCCGGCUCCUACCGCUGCCGCGUCGACUUCCGCCGCUCGCCCACCCGCAACUCCAUCAUCAACCUCGCCGUCAUCGUGCCGCCGAGCAACGUGACCAUCGUGGAAGAGCGCGGCACGCCAGCGCGUGACGUCAUCGGCCCUUACCCGGAGGGGGCCACUCCCGAGGUCACGUGCGUCGUCUACGGCGGUCGACCGCGGCCGCGCGUGUCGUGGUGGCUGGGUGGCCAGUCCCUGCAGUCGCGCCAGCAGCAGGCGUCCGGCCGGCGCGUCUCCAGCGUGGUGCGGCUGCCGCCCCUGGGCAGGCACCACCUGCUGCAGCAGCUGCUCUGCCGCGCCUCCAACCACCAGCAGCCGCUCACCGCCGCCGUCACCAUCGACAUGCUGCUGGCUCCAGUGACAACGCGACUGCUGGGCAAGAACCGGCCUCUGAGCGCCGGCCAGACGUACGAGGUGGCCUGCGAGAGCCUGGGCUCCCGCCCGCCGGCCCGCAUCUCCUGGUCCAGCGACGGCGAGCCGCUGUCGGGAGACCGCCAGACGGUGAGCGCUGACGGCAACGCGACGACGAGCGUGCUGCCGCUGCGGCCGCGGGCGCGCGACGCCGGCCGCCACCUGUGCUGCUCCGGCGACAACCCGCGGCUGCCGGCCGGCGCGCGCCGCGACUGCUGGAAGCUCGCCGUCCGCUACAGCCCCGUCGUGUCUCUGGAGCUGGGCAGCGGCCUCAACGCCAGCGCCAUCCGCGAGGGCGACGACGUCUACCUCGAGUGCCGUGUGCGGGCCGACCCCUGGGUCACCGACGUCGUCUGGACGCACGACGGCAAGCAGGUGCAGACGAACGCCAGCGCGGGCACGCUGCUGAGCAACCUGACGCUGGUGCUACAGGCGGUGCGCCGGCACAGCGCCGGCCGCUACUCGUGCCGCGUCGCCAACGACGAGGGCCGCGCAGACAGCAGCCCGCUCACUCUGGACGUCAAGUACGCUCCCGAGUGCGCGGCGGGCCAGCAGACGAUGUGGGGGGCGGCGCGGCGCGAGCCGGUGUCGGUUCCGUGCGAGGUGGACGCGCGGCCGCCGGCCACGCUCUUCCGCUGGGCUUUCAACAGCAGCGCCGCCAGCGGAGCUCCCACGGCCGCCAGCGGCGCCGACGCCGGAGCGGGCGGCAGCGCCCCGGUCGCCACGGCGCCCGCCGCCGUCACUACGCAGCCGGGCCGCAGCGUCGCGACGCACACGCCCCUCAGCGACGCCGACUACGGGACGCUGCUUUGCUGGGGCCGCAACGAAGUGGGCGUCCAGCAGCAGCCCUGCGUCUUCCAGGUCGUACCUGCAGGUCCCCCGGACCCGCCGCGCGACUGCCGGGUGUCGUCGCGGUCUGCGACGUCGCUGCAGGUGUCGUGCAUGCGGGGCUCUGACGGCGGGCUGCCGCCGCAGCAGUUCACGCUGGAGCUGCUGGCGGCCCGCGGCGGCCGGCUGGUGGCCAACGUGACGAGCCGCGCCUCCCCGGAGUUCACGCUGGCCGGGCUGGAGCCCGCCACCUCCUACCGGCUGCGCGUCUUCUCCAGCAACGGCAAGGGCCGCAGCGACUCGGCCGCCGAGCUGCAGGUGACCACGCCCAGCGCCUCCACCGGCGGCGGCGGCGGAGGACUCAGCAGGCCGCGACUCGACCAAGAAGAGGAGCCUCCGGUGCCAGUGGAGGCGCUGCUGCUGGCAGGGGUGCUGGUGGCACUGCUGCUGGUCGGCAUCCCAGCACUCCUGCUGGCGCUGCGCAUGCGCAGAGCGCGCUUGCGAGCUGCCGCCAGCCAGAAGGAGCCGCCCCCGCAGACGCCAGCCACCGUCACCACAGAGGACAACCCCGACGUCAUCCCCAAUGAAGGAGACGUGAGCGCAGGGUACCUGGGCCUGCUGAAGCACCCCCUGCCCGCGGACACGAGGCAGCUGGUCAGCGACUCACCCACCCCGACGCCGACGCCGCCCUCCGUCGUCUACCCUAAGACGGUCGCUGCAGCCACUCAUGCCUCCGGGCCAGUGGUGCUGGAGGCGGCGUGCUGGCCGGUGGCCGUCCCCCACCCGCAGCCGCUGCUGGAAGCGCGACCCCCGCCUCCGGCGCUGCCGCUGCCGCUGCUCAAGACCUCCGCCGCCGGCUGCAGGAGCCGCCACGACGCGGGCACGCAGACGCCGCACCUGGCGCGCCACAAGGAGAGUGCAGUCUAGCCGAGCGUCCACACCUCUCGCGCCCGAGCUGUCUGCAGCCGCGUUUCUGCGGUUUUACGCAGGAACCAAAAUAAAUGCCGAUGACUCCACUAUCGUCGCAGAAAGUGGGGCAAGCGUGCUUAGCAGUAUAUUCUCGACUGCACAGUCAACAAACGAACAUGGCGAAAACAACAGCGAUUGCAGAUAGAAGAGGAAAGGCAGUGGCAAAAGGCGGAUAUAGCGGGACUCCUUCGGCACACGCGCCCCAAUAGAAUUCCUGAAUCAUCACUUAAUACGAGUGGAUCACAUUGUUUGUAAAGAAAAAAAUUAACUACGAUAUUUCCUACGGAUAUUUUAAUGGUCGCCAAAUUACAAGCUGCAUUAACAAGUGUCACGAUAUCAAAUUUGGUAAGGUAAUUCAUCGCAGUAACUAUUUGGAAUUCAUACAGACUUGAACAAUGUUAAAUGGAACAUUCUAUUCGUAAAAUGUGAAUUAAUUUGUUAUAAACGUGAUUAUAAAUCAUAAUCAAAUUCAACUAAGUGAACUGAAGAUAUCGGCUGUGAUACCUAUUUUUCUACUGUGUCGUGAAGUAACAAAUCUUUAUUGUGUGUUGAAGAAAUACAUUUUAAAAAUGUUAAAAUUUAAUGAAGAAUCUCAUAUAGACUCAAAUAUGUGUCAAUAUACACUUUCGUGUCGUGCUGAAGAUAUCAGGUCUAUGUUUCAUCAGUAAUUUAUAAGAACUUGCUCUUCGUUGUAACCUGGAGGAGAAAGAAAUGUGCAAAUAAAGUUUAUUACUGUUUUAGAAAAAAAAA